AUGUCUUCUACCUCUGCCACCAAGCAGCUGCAGACAGAUCGGUACGGAGUACCGCAGUUUGCUGCAAAAGUCGAAUUGGUCGGAGCUUGGGACCUUUACUAUGCCUACGAAGCUGAAGCUGUGCGGAAGCUCGACCACACCAAGCCUCGCACCAAGACUUCCGAAGGGAAGCCAACCGAAGAAGGCAUGAAGCUCCUGAUCAAGACACUUCGUGACAGUCUUGCUCAGGAAGCUCCGGUCCGUGUCAACGAGCUGUUCCUCGACUACUUCUACAGUGGUCAGUCUUGGAGCAAGCCCAAUGAGACGAUGGCUCAACGCAUCGUCCGACGCGAGACCACCUUCGUCUGGUUGAAGGAGGCAAGCCCUGAGACCGCUCUCUCCGACAACCUCAAGUGCAUGCUGCUCCUGAUCUUCUCUGGUUUGGAGCCGAGCAUCCUCGCCAGCGUCGGCGACGAGUAUGACUACAAGAAGGUCAGCCAUCCUGUCGUUCGCAAGGACUACCUGCGCGCUGGCCGCGGCGGUCAGCAGCUCCACGGAAGCUCGAUGGAAGCAGUUUCCUCAACGCCAGAAGCAAUUUCAUACUGGGAAGAUGAUGACUAUGCCCAGGAGGAUGACGCCUACCUUGGCAAUAUCAACGAUGAGAGCUUCGUCAACAAAACUCUGAUGAUCGCAGAGGACCUUGAAGGCUCAGAAGUGGCUGAGGCCUAUGCCACGAUUGCUCAACACCGCGGCGGAUUCAAGAAGAAGUUCGUCAAGCAACUGCAAGAGAGCUCUUCAUCCCAGAGUUUUCCCUUCAAGGCGCGCCAAGGAUCAGCGCAAGGCCACCGUCAACUUCCUCAAGGGUAUGACACAGGAAAGGGAAGUCAGUCUUCAUCCUCGUCACCAAAGAAGGCAGCUUCACCGCCCAAGAAGAGCAGCUCCUCCUACUUUGUCUUGCGCAAGCGUAUUGAGUCUGCUGACGAAGAGAGGCCAAGACCUUUGCGACACAGAAUGCCACGCCCUCGGCAGAGACCUCUCUUUGACGGACCUGCCAACUGGAUGCCCAUGGACAGUUUGUCACCGAAGAGCAAGACCUUUGAGGAUCACCUUCUUCGCCUACCUCAUCUUCUACGCCUGAGAAGCCGCGUGGUGAUGAAUGGGGUCUACUCUCUCAAGCCGGAUCAAGCAACUCGAAGCCAAUGGUUGCCAAGAGUCUGUGCGCGUUGCCACUGCAAACUUGGCUACGGGAUCUGUUUGUUCCCUGAGAAGGUCACUCCUUCGGUCUCCGAACUGGCCAAGGACUUUUAUCGAAGUGUCUUCGCUGCCCGAGUUCAGCUGGUUUUGCGCAACAGCCAUCACGCAUGCCUUGCAGAACGAGCUGGUCUAUUGGUUUGCCUUCUACAUGCACUGCAACGUCCAGUUGAUCUACCAAGCGGGCACGCGUCUGAUGAAAUCCUGCAGCUCGACUGCCGAUAUGGCCAGAAUACCCGGGCGGAGCACAAGUGCCAUUGCGAGCGGAUCCAAACGACCCAUGCUGAUACUCCUGCCAGAUCCGCUUACUCGCUACUCCUCCACCUUUGCUUUCACCGCUCAGCAGAGACUGAGGGAUCAACUCCAACGCUGAUCUCAAGACCCUUCAUGGCAGAGCUUGGCGCAGUGAUGAGCUUCAAGAAUGGCCCCGUCUCAUUUGACGCACUCGCUUUGAUCAGGGCUUCACGUGGACACAUGGCCAUCAGCCUCCUCAACUUCCAGGACAACGAAGAGUUCUUCAAGAAGUUCGCGCCCAACGAGGGGCAGCUCUGCACGUGCAGCAGCUUUUUGCCGGACAAAUGGGCCUCAUCACACUCAUGGCCACGCUUUUUUGGCAUGAUGGCUGGAGUCCCGUUGGACAUCUCCAUUGAUCCAACUUGGGAUGCGACAAGCUCCAAAUUGAUGAAGCGUGUGCAUUCAGACAUGCAGGCUGAGGACCCUUACUGCGCAGGUGGCGCAGCUCAGGCGACGGUUCUUUCUCUACAAGAGGAGUCACGACCCCUUCUCAAGAUGGUCGCAAAGGUGAGUGUUGAUCGCGUCAAGGCCCGCGACGUCUUUGUGGAGCAGCCCUUUGGUUCCGACAGCGUUGAGGAGCUGGAGAUGAAACCUGUCCGCGGGCUCAUCGCAAGCGGACGCCUCCUUGCUCUGAAGGUCGGUGGCUGCGUGGUCGGCUACAAAGACGCAGACAUUGGAAAGCCCAGCAACAAGCCUUCCGCGGCCGAGUGGCCACAGGAAUUGAAUCGUUUGGUCAUUGAUUGCGCUUUGCAGCAGGCCAACAUCGAGACCGAUGUCUUCAAAGAGCCCUCAUGGGACAUCACAGGUGCCACCUUGACGCCACUGGAUUCCAAGCAGCUUCCUGCCUUGGAGAACUUCAGGAGCAAGUUGACAAAGAGUAUCCCUCUGCAGCAAAAUCAAGAUGUGUUGUCCAAGGAUGCCAAGAAGAUGGACACGGCGUGCUGCCUUCAAACCAUUGCCGCCAUGAAGAGUUGGGCGAUCGCUUCAUUUGACGCAGCAUAUCUCCAGUCACAGUGCGUCUCAAGGCUCCUGAUCUUGAGAGCAGCGAGGCCACUUCCACCAGGAGUACGACCAGGCACUUUGUUUAGCGCCAAGGGCAGCGUCUAUGGAACCAAGGAUGCUGGCAGAAUCUCCUUCGAGACGCUCAAGCCGUGGGUUGGAUUCAAUGCAAGCUGGAGUAAAGCGAUGUUUUUCCCCUAUGACGAGGACAAUGUGAACCUCGUCGGCAUCAUGGCAAGCCACGUGGACGACCUCAUCGUUUGCGGUUCAGGUGAAAAGUAUGAAGAACCCAUGGGAAAGCUCCCUGUCGAACUCCACCUCAAGAAGAACGCCAAGAAGUUCCGUUUCUGCAGCAAGAACCGUGUCCAACGCGAGGGCUACAGCGUCUCCCUCGAACAGGUCGAUGCCAUUGAGGCCUUAGAGUAUACCUCGACAAGCGUGUGGGAUGGACUGCGCGGCAAACACGGCUCGGCUGGACAGCCAGGUCAACGUGAGCGUUGCCUCGCAAACUAUAUGGGUCACCCAAAGAUCAAGGACGCGAUCGCCCUGAACAAAGCAGCCAAACUUCCCAAGGACAGUUCAGAUGCGCUUUGGUGCUUCAUUAAAUCCGAUCUCAGUCUGGAAAACUGCAUGGUCUUCGGCUGUGCAGAUUCCUCCUUCGCCAACGCUGAGGGCAUGAAGUCCCAGCGCGGCUAUGUGACCGGCGUCACCACCAAAGACCUCACAGAGGGCAAGUCCGCUCCAGCCAUGAUCUUGGAGACCAACUCCAGCUCCAUCAAGCGUGUGUGCAGGAGCACGCUAGCAGCUAAAGCAAAUGGCUUCCUGGCUGGAGUGGAAGUCACCAUCUCUGUCAACGCCCUCAUCCGGGAGAUCCUCGACCCCGGACUGACAGGUCUGAAUUUCCACAGCAGCAUGCAGCGUGAAGCAGCAUGUCACAAUGGGUGCGCUGCGUCCAGCCUUUUACCGCGCACCGUUUCGACCCUGGAAGGUGCCGCGGGUUAUCAUGGAACCGCUGUCGCUCGAGUUUGCAGCGCAGCUUUGCAAUCCUACAGCUUGAGAAAUCUGUACUCAAUGAAGCUGAUCAUUCUGGUCGUGCAUCUCAUCCUCACCUUGGGUGCCAAGUAUCGGUCGAUUCCUGAUACCCACCUCGCUGCUGUGAACACGACAAAGGUUGAGUCAGACGUGGCAGAGACACAGGCAGCAGACGAAGAAUCGGAUUCAGAUUCCGAUGUUGCAACCGUGGACGAACAAUCGGACGAUGCCUCAGAACAGUCUGAGUCAGACUCCGUGUCCGAUGCAAGUGACGCAAGCGAGACCGACUCUGGAGACGUUGACACGGAUGCGAACAUGCGCAAUGUAAGCUUUCUGGAGAUGAGCAUGAAGGAGACACGAAUCCAAAACAUUGUUGGGGUGGGCAACGUGCUAGUCAGGGAUGAUGUGAAAGAAGGUGUGUGGGUCCUCUUGAUGAAGUUGAGCAAGAACGAAUUCUGCCACAACAGUCCCAGGUGGACCGAUGGAAAAGGUUUCAACGAAGACAAGAUGUUGGACGAGAACCUUCCAAAUCACAAGGAGUAUGAUGCGAAAAGCAUCGCGUUCCAUACGCUCAAUGGCAUCGACACCAUCAAGCUGCAAACAGACUCGGCAGCUUUUGACGAAGCUCCUGAAGUGCACUUUAAACAUGAAGGCACUGCUGAGAAGCUAAUCACAACGAACGAGAUCGCGAUCUUGGGAACUGGGGAUUUCAACACCAAGAAGUACUGGCAGCGAUGGAGCAAGGCCUUCAAAAAUUCGCGCAACCUGGCCCCCGCUUUCAUGCGCGCAGACAAGUUCGUGCGUGACCCAGCACCGGAGUGCCGCACAAACCCAACAGACAACCCUUCCGGCUGCGGCAAGGCGUGUGUUUUCUGCAUGCAAGCUGCUGAUGGAGACGCCUGCCCAGCCAAGUCCAAACACAACGACAUCAGCAAGGGCAUUGGCCUGAGCCAGGCUUUUUGUGGUGGUGGUGACAGGAAUGAUUGCAGCAGCAGCGGCAGUUGGGCAGGGGACAGUCGGACUUUGGUUUGGGGCCACCUCAGGAGCGCCAAGAGCCCCUACAAAAUCUAUGAAAUGGACGAUGGAGGCGAUGUUUUUGUGAAGGAGAGCGACGGCGAAAGUUGGGCGUUGGUGAUGAAGCUUUCAAAGAACGAUUUCUGCCACGGCAGCCCCAGGUGGACUGAUCAACAUGCUUUCCACGCAGACAAGAUGUUAGAUGCCAGCAUGCCCAAACAUAUGGAAUACGAUGCGAAGAGCAAGAUGUUCCACACUCUCAAGACGACGGCGAUCAAGCUCCAGACGAACAAGAAGAUGUUUGAAGAUGCAGUUGAGGUGCAUUUUGAGGAAGAAGGUACUCCAGAAACACUGAUUACCACCAACCAAAUCAAGAUCAAAGCCAAAGGAGGGUUCAACACCAAGAAGUAUUGGAAGAAGUGGGAGGCCCAAUACGGCAAUUCCAGGCAGCUUGCCCCUGCUUUUAUGCGUGCUGACAAGUUUGUGCUCGACCCGGCGCCUGAGUGCCGCAAAAAUCCAGAGAAAGGUCCGUCUGGUUGUGGCAAGGCAUGCGUUUUCUGCUUCCAAGCCGCUGACGGUAAUGGAUGCCCAGCACAUGUCAAGCACAACGACAUCAGCGUUGGCAUUGGCCUGAGUCAGAAUUUCUGCGGCGGCGGCAACAAGCAAGAUUGCAGCAGCAGUGGAAAUUGGGUGGGUGAUGCGCAAACAUUGGUUUGGGCGAAGUGGAGUUGCAAGAAGCAUCCAUCUGGAGCUUGCGCCGGCGCUCGUCAUAUGGGCUCUUGUGGAGAAUUAGAGCCCGACGAUUGCGAUACCCACUAUGUCAAGGUGAAAGCGGAUGACGGUACUGAAGCCUAUUUGCAAUGCAGGACUGUGGGUGGCCAGUGCGUGCACACGGGUCCGCCUUGCUUUGGAACUUGCCUUUGA